UAUACAUGAUUGAGGAAAUGUGGAGGAAAUUGGGCUCAACAUGUUCAAGGACAUCAACAAGCUUGGGCAUAUCGUUCUUUGUCAACUUGAAUGAUAGAUCGUUCGAGAGAACAACCAAAAAAAUAAUAAAAUAAAUCGUUAUUGCUUAUUUAAGAUACAGCACCGAAUGAACAAUUAAGCGGUGGAAUCUGCCAGCAUGAUUUCUUCCAAGUUACUUUUCAUUUCUGGGCUAUGGGGUGCGAUAGCGGGCUAUUUAGCAUAUCGAACAGCGUACUCGCCAUUUGGAAGCUUGGAAUCUAUGAUAUAUGGUACUCCUGCUUUUACAUCUGCCUGCCUGUCGUUAUUUUCCCUGUGGAUCUUGACACUUCGGCCAUCGCCCCAUCGAGGUGUUUUGUCGGUCCUCCAUCAACUGUACUUUGCUGGCAUGUCUUACAUAAGAGGAAGGUAUCACCUUCGGGGACUAAAGGAAGGUUGGCGAAACCCGCGUCGCGCUCAGGAAAGGUUUCUUAGAAGAAUUUUGGAAGAGAAUGGAGAUACCGACUAUGGACGAAAGCUAAAACUUAAGAACAUUACGAGCAUGGAUGAUUUCCGAAAAAGUCAUCCGUUAACGACCUAUGACGAUUACAAACCCUACGUCGAGCGUGUUAUGGCUGGGGAGCGUGGCGUCAUGACCCAGGUGAUGCCGAAUGCAUUUAUUCAAACUUCCGGUACGACAGGUCCAUCAAAAUAUUUUCCACAGAGAGACCACAGGCAUAGCUUAAGAAGGAUGCUAGAUAUCAUCUAUAGUAAUCUGCACCAUCUUUGUCCACGUCUGGGGCUACUCCAGAAGAAGUUAUUCCACUACGUCCAACCAAUCAUGACGCGAACUAAAGGUGGCGGGAGUGUCAGGCCUGCUGUUUCAGUUUACGAAGAAGAUGGAUUCACAGAAGCCUGCCACACCACACCUCCUGCAGGUUUUUGCAUUCAAUCCUUCAACCAGGCAAAUUACAUUCAUCUCCUGUUUGGCCUCCUUGAUCGGAAUCUAGGAGCAAUUGGUAGCCUUUUUAUAGGUGGAAUUGACGCGAUGAUGAAGCAGUUGGAGCAAAGUUGGGAGGAAAUCGUCUGUGACAUAGAGUCCGGAACAAUCAAUGAAAAUGUGAAAUUCACCGACGAUGGCAUCAAAUCAUCACUAGAACGGGCGCUUGGCAAUGGUCACCCGGAGAGGGCGGGAGAGCUUAGACGCCAGUUCAUGAAAGGAUUUGACAAAAGUAUCAUCAGAAGGGUUUGGCCGAAUCUGGAAGUGAUAUUUUCCAUAGACAGUACUGGAAUCUGGCCGCAAUUCAAAACAAAAUAUGCCGAAGAUAUUCCACUAGUGAACUUCGGAUACGGAAAUUCAGAAGGGAUGUUUCUCGCGCAUUCCCCUUGGUUUCAUGAGGAUAACCGUAGCAUGGUUCCUUUUCCAAACUUUGCGUUCUUUGAAUUCAUCAGACUUGAAGACGCGAAAGAAAAUCAGCCUCGAACUUUUCUCAUCGACGAACUAGAGAUCGGAAAGGAGUACGAGAUCGUCUUUACCCAAGAUAGUGGUCUCUAUAGAUACAGGGUAGGGGAUGUCAUACGGAUAACCGGAUAUCAUUACAACUGCCCUACCUUCGAAUUUAUGUAUCGGAUGGGGUUGAUGCUGAACUUGCGCUAUGAGAAGAUGAACCAGGUUGUUCUAAAGGAGGGCCUUCAGUCGGCUGUUGGGCAGUUCAAUUGCAUUAGACUAGUCGAUUACGCAGUGGCUGAAAGCACAAUCAUUCCUGCUUCAUCUUCAGCCUUCGAAGGGGGCGAAGACAUGCCAUAUUAUGUCAUGUUCUUAGAACUACGACAGGAAGAACAAAUGAGAGAAAAUAAACAGAGCGAGUUUGUGGAUGCUGAGCAGAUCAAAACUACGAUCGACAAUGAGCUGCGGGCACGUAACAGCGACUACCAUCGGCUGAGAAGAGAGGGGUCCAUUUCACACCCUCGUAUUUAUCUCAUGAAGCAUGGCACAUUUGAUGAUUUGAAGCAAUACGUGGUGACAACUACCAACACGACUGCGAACCAGUAUAAAGUGCCUCGGAGAAUCCGCACUCUUGAUACUUUCAACUUCAUGUAUGAUCAUGUUUGUUAGAAGGUACCACGACAUUUGCUCCUGCGACAUUAACUUUGAUCGGGGGCCCGUUGCAGAAAGAGUUGCAAUCAAU